UAUUUCAGUAAUGCUUUACAUGGCCAACCAGCAAGUAGGUUUGUCCGUGAGAGUUGUUUUACGUCCAGUGAUCGUGCGGUGUUUUAUUGUACAACCCGUGCAAACGUUAUACACACUACACUACGGCUUACGGCAAUCGUGAGACCGUGACGAUUAUAUAUAUAUUCUUAUAUAUAUAUAUUUAAUAUUAAUAAUUUAAAUAAAACUAAAACUUGAAGAUUCAAAGUUUCUAUAAAAUAAAAUUUAAACUUAAAUAAAAUCGCAACUGUGGACCUUUAAAGGUCGAUUUUUUUUUCUUGUACUUGAAAAAAUAAAACGGCUUUAUCUCCUGUGCUUUGUAUGGUUUACGAACGAUCCAAGAUGCUGUCAUCAGUGCCAGCUAAAUAAUAAUGUGGUGCGACGUUGGUCAGAGUUGUGCAAUGAUGGGUCUGCAGGCCACGGCAGGAAAACGUAAACUGGAGGGAGGUGUGGGCUGCAUGGAGUUCGACAUGGACAUGGGCGAAAGCCCGUCGAAGCUUGGCAGAGUGGAGGGCAGUUGGUGGGCAAUGGAGGAUAGUUACACACCGCCACUUAAUCAAUCGGCAUCAUCUUACUACGAUAUGGAAGUCAGUUCGCCUUGUCUACAGGCGAAUCCUUGUCAACCGGCGGGCAACUUACCGCCAGCUGGAUCCCAGUUACAUCAUCCACCUCAGCACUACUAUCAUCAGCGCAAUAAUGUCGGUAGCAAUGGUGGUUACAACCAGUUAUCAAGACCUCAACCUCAGUGGGGAGCGCCUCAUCACUACGAGCCACCGACGAUACGAAGAGAAGAGAAUGGAAAGAGUUACCUGGAGCUUGGCUCGAGUUACCGCGCCAAUGAAAGAUGUUGCGAGGGCUCGAGGUCCAGUUGGUGUCGACGUGGUAGAGCGUGUUAUCGUCAACGUAGGCUAGCCGUCCUUAAUAUCUCGAUGUGUAAAUUGGCGAGGUAUCGUCAGUUUCCAGAUCCUAGUUUACAUCGUUCUGUUUUAAUUUGCAAUACCUUGAGGCAUCUAGAGCGGGAAAUGGAGAGAGACAGGAGUCCACCGCCAAUGGAACCAGUUAUUCCCGCACCCAUGGCCCAACUUCAGCCAUCUGAACAGGGUAGACUGACGCCUUUUCCUAUGCCACCCACCGCGUCCAACGAAACGGACGUUGACUCUGGUAUUGGUGACAGUGACGACAGUCGUUCCAUUAAUUGGGGCAGCGUCUUAUCACUGUCGAGUCAAUCACCUCUGGAUCCUCUCAAUAACAAUGAACUGCUAGACGUUGAUAUUGGACCUGAAAUAGAUCUAGACUUUAUGCCUGGAUGGAAAUUAACUCCCCUGUCGGCAGACGACAUCCUGAGAAGUACAAAUGUCGCCGUAGCCGCGGCUGCAGCCCAAGAUCACCAUCUCAAUACGACGAGUAAUAGUACUAUUAAUCAUAAUAACAAUAUAACAACAAGCAGUACAACUAACAACAGUUGUAAUAGCAGUAGUACGCACGAGUCGUUGAUGUGUGUCGGCUCAUAGCCCCCAAUACUCGCGUCGUUGAGCCAUCUCAUCGACUUUUACCCUCUCACACCACAGGGCAAAUAAGUGCCCCUGAGUGACCUUGAAAACGACGGUACGACGUAGCGACGUAUUCCAACGGGAUGACCCCGGUGUUGUUACGUAGACGCUCGCCGGUGCAUUUUAUAAUGCAGUCGUCGUUUGUUUAUUGAAAGAUUAAACAAUUAAACUAAAUAAUAUGGCUCGUGUCAAUUACACUCCACUCGAUUCUCACUUCCUCGUUGAUUGUUGCGGAUCGACGCCUGCGUCAGCAACUUGAAUUUAUAAACAACAAUAAUAAAAAAGGAACAACAUCCCUUAUCAUCUUAGUCGCAGCGAAUAGAACCAGCAGCAUCAACUUUUAAACGGAUCAGCGACUUAAUAACCACAGCUGGACGCUCAAUAUCAACUGUGGAUAGAAAAAUCAUCAACGACGAUACGAAAUCCGCGCCAUCUGCAUCAUUAUUAUAAUUGUAUUUUUAAAUUUUCAACGGACAAGGUACCCGGGCCGGCGAUAAUUAUUCAACUUAAUAAUAGUUAUUGGUGAUAAUAAUUAUUGAGGAUGAUGUUAAAGAUUUUGUUAUAGUUUAUAACAAUAUUUAGUGUCUUUGACAUAAAUCCUUUUCCACUUAUUUCUACCAGAUAUAGUAAUGGAAAUAAUUUUUAAAAAAGUUUAAGCUUAUCGCCUGCCUAGCCAACCAACGUUGAGACUUUAUAAAUCUUUAUACAAGAACGUCCCUUUUAAAUUCCGUUAAAAUGCGUGCCUCGGAGUGACGUUCUCCAGCGGCACUAGUGUCGUUGCUUAGGCCCACGGAUCGUGCCCAAUAUUCUCACACACUAAUUGUACAAAUAUAUAUACAUAUAUAUAAUAAAAAAUAAAUAAUAUGUAAAUAUAUUUGGUGCUAAGGCACCAGAUCCUGGUGCUUUUGCAUUCUCGUUCGUUUCAUCUCAUUAUUAUAUAUGUUAUAUUUGUCAUUAUAAUUGCACGUAAAAAUAAUAAAGCAGAUUGGGAAUUAAAUAAUUUAAAUAAUUUCGUCAUUGUCGAUGAUAUUGCCGUCACCAAUCGCGUUUAUACUGUCAAAAGUACCUGGAUUAUUAAUUUAAUAAUUAGGUAGAAUUUUUAAGGCUUAUCACUACUAGGAAGUCAUGCCCGCCAGUGCGCCAAUGAUCUCUCAUAGUAGCUAAUUUACAUUAUUUACAUGUCAUUUAAAUAAUAUUACUAAUAAUAUACGAGCGGCUUCCUUGUAUGAGUGUGUGUAUGGCCUCUAAGAAUUUUUAAGAACGAAAGCGUGGACACUGUCAAAAUAAAUAAAUAAAU